AUAUAAGAGUAAAUUUAGGGUAGGAGAAAGACGACAGGGGCUUGGCGGCAUCGCGGCGUGGAUCGGCCAUGGAUCGCCAGCAGCGAUCGUGAGGAGACGGAUGUGUCGUCUUCGCUGGUACUCGGAUCUCUUGUUUUGUGUGGAUUUAGGGCUUUGAUUUGGCGGCAUUGCGCCCCCGAGCGAGGGGUUUUGAUCCCGUCCGUGAGCAGCGGCCAUGGCCAGCGGCUCUGGGAGAGCUAGGGCCGACUACGACUACCUCAUCAAGCUUUUGCUCAUUGGCGACAGCGGUGUUGGGAAAAGCUGCCUCUUGCUGCGCUUCUCGGAUAAUUCGUUUACAACGAGCUUCAUCACGACAAUUGGGAUUGAUUUCAAGAUCAGGACCAUCGAGCUCGAUGGAAAGAGGAUCAAGCUGCAGAUAUGGGACACAGCUGGGCAAGAGCGCUUUCGAACGAUCACAACUGCUUACUACCGAGGUGCCAUGGGAAUUUUGCUAGUUUACGAUGUCACGGACGAGUCGUCAUUCAACAAUAUACGAAAUUGGAUCAGGAACAUUGAGCAACAUGCGUCUGACAACGUGAAUAAAAUUCUCGUUGGCAACAAGGCGGAUAUGGACGAAAGCAAACGGGCUGUUCCAACUGAGAAGGGCCAGGCUCUCGCCGAUGAGUUUGGCAUCAAGUUCUUCGAGACAAGCGCGAAGACGAACCAAAAUGUGGAAGACGUGUUUUUCACCAUCGCCAGGGACAUCAAGCAGCGAUUAGCCGAGAGUGACGCCAAAGCCGAGCCUGGAAACUUGAGACUCAACAGACCUGACACAAGCAGAGGUCCGCACAAGAAAGAAAAGUCGUGCUGUUGAUUUGAUCUUUGCAACGCGAGGAAAGAAAAUAAAAAAACAAAGCAAACACAAGUAAGAAGAAGGAAAAAAGAAAGUAAGAAAGGAGCCAAGAAAUCUACAACUUGCCGUGUGAUUUUGUGCUAAAACUUCGUACCGAUUGACUCAAGAGUCGUGUUUGGAGGCCUUCUCGAAGCACAGCUCCAAGUACUCGAGCCUGGUUACAAGCGUUCGUCGCUCGGCCAUGACUCUACUCAGCAAUCUCUCGCUGCGCCAGUAGUCUUGCUCUAGAUCUUCCAGUUUUCUCUCCAGAUCGAUGCUGUCGUCGUCCAGAUCUUGGACGGAUUUUUGCAACCAGUGUACAUGGUUUUCCAGCUGCAACCAAGACGACUGUGUCAGAUCUCUUUUUAAA